AUGGAAUGUUACAACUGCGAAUCUAGACAGCGGCAGUUCUUCUGUGCCAACUGCGUGAACACCCAUUUGCGCGACUUGAGGUUACAGGCGCACAAGGCGUCUACUGAACGCGAUGAGCAGGUUCGCAAGGCGAAUGUUGCUCUUGAGGUCGUAGGAGCUGGGAGGGUACGGAGGGCUGAGCUUCAGGAUCGGCAGAGUCGAGUGGAGGAGUUGCAGGCCGGCGUGACCAAGAUGAAGGCUGACAAUGAUGCGCUGAAGCUAAGAAUCAAGGCGUUGCGAGAGAACGUUGCGUCUAGACGGCGCACCUUAUCUCAAGCUAGGCUGUAUCCUCCCGCUAGCGCCGAACCGCUCAUAGCGCGCGAAACUCAGCAACUCGCCAUGCUCUCUGAUACGAUAGCUCGGGCACGCAACGGCCUUGUGGCUGAACUGGUCGAGGUAUUCAAUAUCGUGGAGGUUGGUGGUCGACCGCCUAUCGGCGGUAAGGCCGGGACGAAGGGUGAAUGGACCAUCGGCGAUCUCGUUCUGCCCGUACCCGGAGAUAUUCGACGUUACCCACCGGACCAUAUGAAUGCCGUUAUCACGCACACCAUCCACUUCUUGGGCCUGCUAACGUUCUACUUGGGCAUCAAGCUCCCAUUUGAAAUCACUUGGAGCGGCGGCAAGUUGGGCGUUGGCCAACCCUGGAUACGAUCUAUCAAGGGGACCGAGUCCGGUAGCUGGGCAAAAUGGACAUCCAAACAAUGUUUACACGUAUCUGCAUCAGCGCCCAGUACAUCGCAGGAGCAAACUGCGUCUCCUAGUCUCGACCAGUCUAUGUCCGGCUCGUACGUGGAGGCAAAGGCGCCGUCAUCGUCCUUUACGACAGCCUACGCCAUGCUGCUAUACGAUGUCUGUUAUCUUGCCCACACGCAGGCGGUCGAGGUCCCUCUAUCGCAAGCGGGAGAUGUGCUGAGCAAUCUCUGGUUAGUUUGCUGUAGUGCCGAACUCGGCAGGUAUUCCCAUCAAACGCACCCGCUUCUUCCGCCACCGACCCCGGCGUCAUUCCCUCUGGACUUCGCUCAACUUCUACAGGCCACUGCCGCUACUCCUGCCUCUCGUGCCAGACCGUCGCGGCCAAAGACCUCCGCGGGCGGCGGAAGGCGUCCCAAGCCGCAGGAAAAGAUCCCGGAGGAGGACGAGUGGGAUCUUCUUGAUGACGCCGAGGGGCUUUAG